AUGCUCACCAACCGGAGGUGGUUUCUACUUGGCAUCUCUGUAAUACCAUCCUUUUGUAGUGGUUCUGAUCACCGUCUCCUUCGUGCGAAAAUACGACUUAGCCACACGAUAGAAAAGAACAUCUGCUAUCGGCAACGAAGGGGAAAAGAAGUCGUCUACGACGAUUGCGUACUCGAGGUCACCUUGUCCCAAGAUGACUGGCACAUUGAGGAGGACCCAAAGGUGGAUAACAAGAUGCUGCUCAGAGGAUUACGAGCCUGUGGUGAGCGUGCCUCGAAGCCGCGCACGAAAAACUUCGAUCGAAUUUCGAAGACCACCAAGGAAUUGUUGGAAAGAAGAAGGGCUUUGAGACUUGAUCCAAAUGCAUCGCACAUUUAG